AAGUAAUUAUAGUAUUCUCAUUAAGUGGAAUAAUUGACCAUCAUUAUGGAAAUUCUGUAGGCUGAAGUAUUUAAAAUGUUUAAGGAUAUUGGUUUUUAACCAAAGCCAAGAUAUUUGAAAACACAGCAUGAUAUGUCAGUCAGAGUUUCGGUGCGCAACUAUCGGUGUAUUAUUUGUAAAAAACAUUUGUGUGGUUAAUCUGGUUGAAGGUUAAUCUGGUUGAAUCAGAGAAUUUAAUUGAUCUCGUGAUAAGAGGCAUGUUUUCUUCACAGGCGGCCCAAUCUUACACUGUGUUAUUAAUUACGUUAUAUCUUUAUACAAAUAGUAUAUUGAAAAUCAUUAGAAAAUCCUGUGUUAUUAAUUUAUUACGUUAUAUCUUUAUAUAAUAGUAUAAUGAAAAAAAGCACUUACAUGUGUUUCUUGAAAGAUUUUAACGAGAACCAGCCAAGAUUAGCGUUGACAAGAGGUUAACGGCCAUAGUUGGGGUUGACAUGAGGAUUAACAACAAGAAAUAAUACAGGUCACUUUGACCGGCUGGUCACUUUGACCGUUAAUUGGACUAAUUGGGACAAACGCUGACAGAAAUCAAUCGAAUAACGCGAACUUCGGCUGUCGCAUCCUCGCCAAAUUACCUUACAUCGGAAGAGCGAUAAUUUUUACAUAAUAUACUUUUCUUUAACAGAAUUGAACAAUAAUCUUCCUGCAGGAAAUGCCAAUUGAAACUUACGUACAAAUGUCUAAUCUUCCGAGGUUCGUCACCGAUCUGAAUUCAUGGCCUUCAAAUUCGAAUUACACGCUCCAUUGUCAUUGGUCGGCUUUCAAAACAACAACAGGACAUUUCCUGUUGUUGUUUUGAAAGUCGACCAAUGACAAUGCAGCGUGUAAUUCGAAUUUGAAAGCCAUGAAUUCAGAUCGGUGACGAACCUCGGAAGAUUAGACAUUUGUAAGUUUCAAUUGGCAUUUUCUACAGGAAAAUUAUUGUUCAAUUCUGUUAAAGAAAAGUAUAUUAUGUAAAAAUUAUCGCCUUUCCGAUGUAACGUAAUUUGGCGAGGAUGCGACAGCCGAAUUUCGCGUUAUUCGAUUGAUUUCUGUCAGCGUUUGUCCCAAUUAGUCCAAUUAACGGUCAAAGUGACCAGCCUUGUAUUAUUUCUUGCUGUUGAUCCUCGUGUCAACACCAACUAUGGCCGUUAACCUAUUGUCAACGCCAAUCUUGGCCGGUUCUCGCUAAAAUCUUUCAAGAAACACAUGUAAGUGCUUUUCGUUAUUCUAUUAUAUAAAGAUACAGUCGAACCCCUAUUAAGCGGACACCUUCGGGACCUCGCCUAAGUGUCCGCUUAAAAGGGGUGUCCGCUUAAAAGGGGUGUCCGCUUAAAAGGAGUAUGCAGAAAAACACAGCAGGAGGCAAAGGUGUGUAAUUAGGUGUGUAAUAUGAGUAUCAAAACAGUAAAAAAUAUCUUAGCAAAUAAUUAGCAUAAAAUGAAAAUUUCUUUGUGCAUAAAAGUUCAUUAGAAAAUGUAUACGUCUCUCACAGUCAUAAAAAGGGAAUCGAUACAAGUUUGCUUUCGAGGCUCACGCAGACGAUAGCCCAUUAUAAUAUCAUUUACAGAAAAAUGGCGUUGGAAAGUUCUUCCAAACCUCGAAAUUGUGCGAAUUCUGCCAGCCGAUCGACAACUUUAAGGGCUUCGGAGGACGAUUUAAUGACUGUUUCGUUAAGAGACAAGUCAAAUUCAUCAUUUUCGUUCAGUUCGUUGUCAUCAGUGAUCUGACACAUAUCUUUCGGCUCCUCGGCUGGCAGUUCACAGUCCUUGUUUGUCACUUCCUCAAUAAUCUUGGCUCUGAUGUCUUCGCACCAGGUUGGUGUGUCACUGUCAAUGUGCCAUGUAAAUUGAUCUCAAUUGUUAUUUACUGUCGAAUAUUGAAUACAUUUUAUCACACAAUCUGUCAUCUGUCCGCUUAGGAGAGGUUGGUUUGCCCAUUGGGACCUCAAGUAAGGUGACCGCGUCCGUUUAAGAGGGGUGUCCGCUUAAUAGGGGUUACGAUAAUAGUAUUUUAUUAAAGAAAACGAUUGGGACCUGAGAUAUGUGUCCGCUUAAUAAAGGUGUCCGCUUAAGGUGGCUCCCUACAGUUAUUCUUGUUUAAGCAAUAAUUCCGUAAAACAGGCUUAUUCGUGCAGAACGCGAAUUCUUUUCGACUUGGUGGCAAUAUUGGACACCUAAGGAAUAUUUCGAACUAGAUUUCGACGAUGUCAAUGUUCCCAUGGCAACAUGACGACAGCAUAAAGCCUUCCAAUUUAACCCAUAAAUGUGCCGCUAUCUCAAAAACGAUGUCGGUGACCUAUCUUUUUUAUUUCAUAUACCGAUAAAGAAUGAUGCUCUGCAACUGUGGUGAAAGUUUAAAGAAAUUCUGUAGUGUGUGAUUUUUUUAAAAGCGAAAAAUUUAUUGCGAAAUUUCCACACUACAGAUUUUUUUUAAAUUUGAAAUUUAUAGAAUUUACCGCAAAAUAAAUUCGUGGUCAAAAUUUGAAGAUAGGUCACCGAUGAAACUAAUGAGUAAAAUGCAAAUAAAGUUAGAAAAUAGCCUCCUGUAACUCGAGAAAUUCCCCUAUUGAAAAGCGUCGCUGACUAGUAAAAGAUUCUACGCGGGCGCAGAACAAGUUUUCAUUCAGCAAAAUCGAGCCGCACUGUUGUUUUUACUGUUUUGUUUUUGUCAACUUUUCGAUUUAUUUGAGUGCUAUGGACAGCCAAGGAUUAUUGUGAAGGAUUAAAUCGAUGAAAACAAGGUUGAAGCUAAUUGAAUCCUGCCGUUUACUCAAUCUGUGAGCUGUAACAUAACAGGUGGACGUGUUUUUUUGUUUCAUGUUUCAUCACUUUAAUCUUGUAGAAACACAACUAAAAACGUGAACGUUUUCUUGAGAAGUAAACAACUUUUUAAACGUUUGUAUGCAAUUUUGCAAAUGUUUUACAGUUGAGUCAGUUGACAGUGUAUAAAAAAAUUUAAAAAUAUUGUUUCGUAACUGUUUUUUGGUCUAGUGAUAUUCGUAUCAUAUGUAGAAUUGCUGUAUAGACUCGCAAGUGAUUUGGCACUAUAAACGAAGUAUUAUUCAACGCUUUUUUCCAUUAUAAACCUUUCAGAAAUAGCUUUAUUUUUAAAAAAAAGCAUGGUCAAUUUUUGUUUUGUUUUGAUCAUGCAGUUGCGUGGGAUAGUUCACGUACUUGUCCCGCGAACAUCCCGCACGGAACUGUAGGGAGCCUCCUUAAGAGAGGUGUCCGCUUAUAGGGGUUCGACUGUAUAACGUAAUAAAUUACUAACACAGGAUUUUCUAAUGAUUUUCAAUAUACUAUUUAUAUAAAGAUAUAACGUAAUUAAUAACACAGGGUAAGAUUGGGCCGCCUGUGGUUUUCUUGAGUAUGUAGUAAAAGUCUUUCAUGAACUCUAAGACAGCCCAGGUGCCAAUUGUAUUGAACCAAAGAUAUUAGACAGGGUACAAUUAUAUUACAGCUUUUUUUCAAAAUAUUAUUACAGCAUAUCCUAGAAGAUGCAACUGACAAAUGAAGUAUUUACCCUAAAAUUAUUAGUGAAUUGUGCCGUGACUAAAAUGAUAUGUUACAGCUUUGGUUCAAAUUUCUUAAAUCAUGAACUGAUGUAACUGCAAAUGUAAACAAAUAGGUGAACGCACACCCAGUACACAGACUGCAUGUUAUUUGUCUUUAAGACUCCUAAGUCAUAUAUCACUGAUAUCAGAUUCCUAAUAAAUUUGUUAUUUUAUACAUGUGCUUCAGGACUUCCUUCUAUUAUUUUUCAUGUUUCAAGAUCACUGUAUAUUAUUUCUCAUGAUUCAGGAUUGGUACCCCCUCCAUCCCUCCCCCUCUUCCAGACAAACAGAAAUAAACAUCCCAGAAAAUAAAUAUGAAAUUAACUCACACACAAAGGUUUCAAGAAACUGUGUAUAAUUUCAUUCGCAACUGUAUUUUAAACUACAUACAUACGGCAGUGGCGUAACGUUAUUUCAGGGGGCCCCCGGUUCAAAAUUUUCGAAGGCCCCCCUAGUAGAAGUGCCAAAGGCACGAGUCGAGUGCCGUAUAUGCACGAGUUUCCUAGGGAGUCCAGGGCAUGCUCAUCCGGGAAAUAUUUGAAUCUAGACUAUCUGAAAUGUCAUUUCCUGGACUUUGGGGAGAGAUUUUACAGAAUUCUGAUGGUCAGAAAACGAUAUUGUAACAUAUCAGAGGCCCUGGCCAAUGUUUUUGCUCUAUCGCAUAAGCCUGGGGGCCCCCAUUUGGGCAGGAGGCCCCCGUGUUCUCCCGGUCUGAGCCCAUAGUAGUUACGCCACUGACAAACGGAAAACAACCUGUCACUCCACCAGUUAAUUGUUUCAAAAUAUUCUGCUUUGAUAACUACAUGUUUACACAUGAAGAAUUUCGUUUCCAUAAAUGUCCCUUUGAUUAUACAGGCACAUUACUGAGUAUUUAUCCUUCCAUAAAAGUACAAUAAAAUCCCAAGUGAUAUUCUUUGGUCAAUACAUAAAAAUUACUUGUAAUCAACAUUGUUUAUUAAAUUAUUUAUAAAACGUCGCACACAAGCAGCUGUAUUGGAUACAGAAUAGACAGUUUAAAGACAGAUCACUCGACUAGUUUUCUCUCAGUUUGAUCCUCGAUCUUUGAUAAGUAUUACCGUUAGCUAUUCCACGAUGUGUUGAAAGAAAGCUCGUAGAAUGCAUAGCUAAUAUAUACACACUCUCAAAUCUCACUUGGAAAGUUUUAUUUAUCAUAAUAAUAUAAAAACUCGAAAACGUCGCGCCUUCGCGCUGCCAUGUUUGACAAAAUCAAUCGACUCCGUUCCCCCCGGAUUGAAAACUAAAUUAUUACGAAAUGUCCAAUAUUUUUGGAGUCACGUGACCAGUGUUUACCAGGGACCACUGAGCUAUACUUAAUAUAUCUGGAGAUUGUGCUCUCGACGAAAGUGUGUGGCCAAAAACAUGGCGAAUUUGACGUCACAAUCGACCUAUUUUCAUGGCAGUUUUCACUGACCCAUGGCUCGAAUGUCCGUGGGCGACAAAAUUCAACCCCCCCCCCCUGAUUUUACAGUGAUUUAUCAUUUAUGUACUGUUGUUUGUAUUAGUUGAUCGACGAUGGAGUGUAUUUUGAUUUUCGUCCUUUUGAAAAUACAGUAUUAUUCCAACUGCAAGUAUAAAUCAAUAAAGACCAAAAGCCAUUAAUAAAAAAAGACAUAAAUGGAGCUUGACGGCCACAAGAACAAAGCAUGUAAGUCAUUGAAAUGAUUUAUCAAUUCUUGUUGUAUUGUGAAUUUGUGUUGCAACUGACUAUCAAGAUUAUUCUUUAAAACACGAGUAUUAUAACAAUCCCCAGCAAGUAAAAUUAAGCAAAUAUAGCUUGUUGAAAACCGUACUGCUGUAAAUUUCCCUGAGUGACAAAGGUUUUUUUAGAGAUUUUAAUACCAGUUUAUUCUAUCAGUAAAUUGUGGGGAAAAGCAACUCUUUGGAAUAUAAAGCACUUAUAUCACCAUUAAAGUUUUUUACACCUGUAUGUAUUCCGCUUUCAGGUACGAAUUUAUCAAGAAAAUAUGGGAUAUCUGUACUAAGUAACAGGUGGCAAUGAAGAAAGUCAAGUGUAUUUCUUUAUAAUGGUCUUCCUUGUAAAAGGCAAUGGCACUAUUUCAUUGAACAUUCAAGGAACAAUCGCCUUUUAAAACAAAUAUGCACAUUUUUAUGCUCGAGUUACAAUGUUUGAUUUUGAUAUCUGCAUUUUAUGCGAUUCAUACCUUAUUUUUAAGUGUUCCUCAAAUAUUGAUUCAAUACAUUACCUCGGGCUGACCAAUUCAUUCCAUCAAGAUAUUUGUUGUGUUGGUGUAAUACAUGUACUCAGGUGAAUAAGAUGCUUGUGCAGGGACCGCGGAGACGGGGGGGCUGGGGGGGCUUUAGCCCCCCCCACUUUUUUUGACAGCCAAAAUUAUUAAAAUAGAAAUCUAAAUGAAACUUUCUAAAUUAAUUAAUUGGGGGUUUUAUUGAUGAUUUAGCCCCCCCCACUCUCUAAUACGCUCCGCGGGCCCUGUUGUGGGAUGUUACGUACUCUGAGUGGAUAUCCACACUGGGCAGGCUUGAAAAAUAUGCCUGGCCCCAGUCGGAUUUGAACCUACAACCUUUGGAAUACUGGCCCAAUGCUCUGCCAACUGAGUUAUACAGUCGGGGCAGUUCGAGUAUGCGAUAUUUCGGAACUGAGUCUAGUUCCUUCGAUAUCAGUGUAAUCUAAUAACCAUGAUAUUUGUGAAUAUGAUGCUUGUGUGAUGUUACUCUGAGUCCAUAUCCACACCGGGCAAGCUUGAAAAAUAUGCCAAGCCACAUUGGGAUUCAAACCGACCUGACCGCGUAGCUCAGUUGACAGAGCAUUGGCAUUUGGGCUAGUAUUCCAAAGGUCGUAGGUUCAAAUCCCUACUAAGGGUCAAGCAUGGCGGUCUGUUCGUGGCUGCUUGUUAAAGUUAUAUUUUAUUCAAUUUAAUUGAUUCUGCUUAAUAUCAAGGCUUACAAUAAUGAAUCUAUGCAAGUGUACAACCUCAGGGAGAACUUUCGGGCUGUUAACGAAUUGUCUCGUCCAGUAUUCAACGACAUUUGUCAUCUAAAACGUCGACGAUCGUCUCAGCUCGCUGAUUCUACGGCAAAUUUUAAAGCGACCAAAGUUAUUCAUCUUACAAGGAAUAUGUUGUUGGUAACGUUACUAAAACUCUGUGGUGAUGUUGCUCUAAACCCUGGCCCUGUUCAACUAAAUUUGCAAUCGCCAAUAUCUAAAGGUUUAAAGAUCCGCCCCCGGAAUAUACAACGGCUUACAACAACCAAACAAGACGAAAUAAAGAUUAGCCUCACGGAAAAUUCGAACAAUUCUAACAAGAUCGAUAUUCUGUUUUUUAUCAGAGACAUUCUGCACGAACAAGACUCCUGACUACCUAUACGCUAUUACGGACUAUAAAUUAUUUCGUAAGGACAGAAUAGGUAAGAUCGGCGGAGGGGUUAUGGCGUUUGUACAUAAAGAUCUGGAAGUUGAACGGCGAAUCGAUAUGGAGGACGAUGACUUAGAGGCACUGUGGCUAGAAAUUAACCCGCACAAAUCUAAAGAUCAUUGUUUGUUGCUGGAGUAUAUCGUCCGCCAUCAUCGAAUGUUGAUAUGGACAAGAAACUUGGUAGAAAUAUUGAGAAUGCGAAACUGCGUAAUAAAGAGCUUAUUAUCAUGGGGGAUCUUAACGUUGACUAUAUGACACCUGAAAAGUUUUGUAAACAAAAACUAAUGAAGAGCUUGUUGAAUCUUAAUCUGUCCCAGUUGGUAAAUCAAAUCACAAGACCUAUCUCGCAAUCAUGUCUGGAUCAUAUAUGGUGCAGUCACCCAGAACGAAUCAGACAGGUAGAAGUGUUGUCAUCAGGUAUGUCUGAUCAUUUACCUAUAGUUGCUGUAAGAAUAUACAAAAAAUUGAAAGACAACAAAGGUGAGCAUCAUAACAUUACGUAUAGGGACUGAAUGAACAAGCUUUUUGUGAGUCUUUGUCUUCCACUCCAUGGGAUUGUGCAUUCACUUUUGAUGACCGCGAUGAUAUUGUUUACGCAUGGUAUAAUAUUUUUAACAGUAUUGUUGAUCAACACGCACCAUUGAGACAAAAACGAGUUAAAAGAAAAUCUCAACCUGAUUGGUUUAGCAAAAUUCUUGAAGAUGUGCUAAAGAAAAGAGACAAGCUACUCUACAGACCUAGACAAUCACAAUCUGAUUCCGACUGAUCAGCUUUUAGAAAGGCGAAAAAUAAAGCCACUAAUUUGUUACGAAAAACUAAACAAACGUAUUUUAAGAAUAAAGUGGCCGAAAAUAGAAACGAUCCUAGAAAAUUAUGGCGUCUAAUUCGCGAACUCGACGGCGUGAAUGUCAAGGAAAAUUUUACAUGGCGUUUGAAUGACGGUGACAAGUUAGUAUCGGACAAGUAUCAAAUUGUUGAGAUGUUUAACUCAUACUUUAUCGAACUACCGAAAUCAAUUUUCACUGAAUUAAUUAAUAUAACUGGAGACUAUAUUUCCCCAGAGAAACGAGUUCACUCGCAGCUCGAAAUCCCCCACAUCACACCUGAGCAAGUGAAUGAUUUUCUGGAUCAAAUUCCUGUAAAUAAAGCUACCGGCCCAGAUGGUGUAGGUAUACGGCUUCUCAAGUUAGCUGCCCCUGUAAUUUCAGAAUCGCUCAGCAGAAUAAUUAAUUCCUGCAUAAUAACUGGAAAAUUUCCAACAAAGUGGAAAGAGGCGAUCGUUACACCUAUCUACAAGGGUAAAGGUUGUAAAAGUGAAGCCUCAAAUUACAGGCCCAUAUCAGUGUUGUCCGUCUUGUCUAAGGUGUUUGAAAAGCACAUUGCGUCAUCAUUGCGUGCUCACUUGAAGGAGAACGUCUUGUUGUAUGGAUUACAAUCCGGCUUCCGGAAGUCAUUUUCAACUGAAACUGCAUUAAUUGAUUAAUAAGGCUUUUGGAUCAGUUGCUUUUCAACCUUGAUGAAAACUGUGUUAGCGGUCUGGUCCUCGUUGAUUAUAAAAAAGCAUUUGAUUUAAUAGACCAUAACAUCUUGAUUAAAAAGCUUUUUUUCAUAUGGAGUACAUGGCCAGUCGCUGGAAUUGUUCAAAAGUUAUCUUUCUGAUCGAUCCCAAUAUGUCAAUGUGGACGGUGUUAAGUCAUCCUCUAGGCCUGUCGAAUGUGGUGUGCCCCAAGGAUCUAUACUUGGGCCCAUUUUAUUCAUUAUAUUUAUUAACGAUCUUCCAGAUCAGAUUAAACAUUCUGUUGCUGAUAUUUAUGCUGAUGACACGACGCUUAGCUAUGCACAUGAUUACUCUUCUGCCCCUCAGUCAAUUACGGUUGAAUUACAGAAGGACAUUACAAACCUUGCAGAUUGGUCAAGAGUUAAUCAUAUGGUUUUGAAUGAAGAGAAAACUAAAACUCUUCUGAUCGCCGGAAAGCGCCUGAAGAAGAAAAUGGACACACUUGAUAUUGAUCUUAUGCUGAAUGGGAAAAAACUCCAACAAGUCACCUCGUUUAAAUUACUUGGAGUUACGCUCGAUGAUGAACUGAGCUUUGAUAUACAU